ACGAAAUGUAAAUUAUUUUUCAUUUCACCUGUUUGAUCAAUUAAUAUCAUGACAGACAGCAGUAUUGUUGAAUAUUUUUCUGGAAAUGAAGGCUAUAGGUGUGGUUAUUGUAAAUCAGAUAAUACCUGUUAUUCUCAUGGAAUGUGGACUCAUACUUUGACUCCUCUAGAUUAUCAAAAUUUGAUUGAUAGAGGAUGGAGGAGGAGUGGAAAAUAUUGUUAUAAACCAACCAUGCACCGAACAUGCUGUCCUCAAUAUACAAUCAAAUGUGAAGCUAAGAAAUUUGUCUUAUCAAGAUCUCAAAAGAAAGUUUUAAAAAAAAUCCAUAAAUUCUUAGCCUAUGGUGAAAAAGAAAAACUUUCUCAAGAUGAAUCUUCUGAAGCCGUGAUGGAACAUAUGGAGGUUUCUGAUUUUCCUCAAGCCAUUGAUAUGCAAAGCUUAAAAAAUAUAAAGGUUGCUAAAGAUCUGACUUGCCAAAAUAUGCACAGAGUGCAAACAAGCGAUGUACAAAAUGACAGUACAGCACAGAAUCAUGAACUUUGUAAAGAAGAGUCGCUUCAAAGUCCUUGCAAUUCAGCAUCUGUUGAUGUACCUGCUGUCUCAGAAUCUAGUCAUUCUAUAACUUGUGAGGAAAGCUCUUCUACUUCAGUGCAAGCUAAUCAAAUGGAUCUUGAUCGACCUCCAUGCCGAAAGGCGAAACUUAUCCGUCGUGAGAGAAAAUUGCAGAAACUUUUAAAAAUGGGUGUAUCCGCUGAUGAAGCAAAGGCCUCGAUGGAGAAAAAGAAUGAUCGAGCAAAGAGUCUUGAAGAUUUUAUCAAUCAACCUCUACCUGCAGAACCUGCGCAUAAAUUAGAAUUACGACUUGUACGCUCAGAUUUUGAAAAUGACAUAUUCAUAUCUACUAUGGAAGAGUCACAUGCUGUGUAUAAAAAAUAUCAAAUGACUAUUCAUGAUGACUUAGAAGAGGAAUGUAGUCUUGAUUCUUAUGGAGAUUUUCUUGUUGAAACACCCCUCGAGCAUUGUGAUGAUAUUUUGUGUCGGAGUGGCUAUGGAUCAUUUCACCAGCAAUAUUGGUUAGACAACAAAUUGAUAGCUGUUGGUGUCAUUGAUAUUUUGCCUUAUUGUGUCUCUUCUGUAUAUUUCUAUUAUGAUCCCAGUUACAGUUUUUUGUCUUUAGGAACAUAUGCUGCUUUGAGAGAAAUAGCUUUAACCCGUGAACUUAACAUCAGGUAUCCUGCUCUUCAGCAUUAUUACAUGGGUUUCUACAUUCAUUCAUGUGUUAAGAUGAGAUAUAAGGGCCAGUAUUUUCCCUCCUUUUUACUGUGCCCAGAAACAUUCAUCUUUCAACCAAUUGAAAAAUGUAGGCCUAAAUUAGAUGUAGCAAAGUAUCAGCGUUUGGAAGAAGAUUCCAGCAAAGGAGACCCUGACGGAGUAGUAAAUUUGAAAGAAGUAUUGAUUCUUUUUAAUAAGAGACCAAUGAUUUAUCCAGUCUAUCGAAAUUUAAAUAGGCAUGCCAAUGAUGAAAAUCUUGUGAAAGAGUAUGCAGGAUUGGUUGGCAGGAAAUGCUACCGAAAAAUGCUACUGUAUAGAAAUUAACUUUUUCAUUUGUAAAUGCUUUCAUAUUAUGACAGCAUUUAAAUUUCCACAUUGGAAAUAUUUUUAUAGCAGCUGGUGUAUUAUUUCAAAUUGCUAUGUGCUUAGCACAUCAUGCUAGACAUAUUAAUUUAGAAGUCAGACAACAAAAUUUCAGCGUUAUAUUUUCAAAUUUUCACAUGAAACUAGUCCUGUGAAAAUUUGAAAAUAUAACACUGAUUUUUAUUGUUUGACUUCUAAAUUAGUACUUGUUUGGCAUGUGAUGGUAUCAUAAUUAUGUUAGACGUAUAUUAAAAGUCAUUUAAAAAUAAGGA